AUGGCUGACACGAUGACUACCCCAAACUCCCUGUCGAGGGAGUACGACAACCAAGCACAGGAUAGUAGCCCGGAAUCGAGUAAUGGCCGAGCAAUUGUUCUUCAUCCCAACUCUCGGAAUCAUGGGAUUUGGUCGUUUUCACGAGGCACGAUUAUAACAGCAGCUUUCGCUCUUCUGCUUGGCCCUCUCACAUUUUUCUGGCCGCAGCAGCAGCCUUGCGAUCCAACAGAUUAUGCCGAACGUACCCGGAGAAUCCUCAAACAGACACCUUUGAUUGAUGGCCAUAAUGAUCUCCCAUUGAUGUUUCGAUUGGAGCUGCGAAACCAAAUUUAUGACGAACGGUUCGACUUUAACAAUAGACUUCUUGGCCAUACCGACCUCUCUCGUAUGAGGCAAGGCAUGAUGGGUGGUCAGUUCUGGAGCGUUUUCAUCGAUUGUGAUGCUAAGCAGAAGCACUUCGAGGAUCCAUCGUGGGUCGUUCGAGAUACUCUAGAACAAAUAGACGUAACACAUCGUUUCAUUGAACAAUACCGGAAGGAUUUACAGUUCUGUGAUACUCCAAGUUGUGUCCGUAAGGCCUUUCGAUCCGGCCGCAUUGCGAGCAUGAUAGGCAUUGAAGGUGGGCAUCAACUCGGUAGCAGCAUUGGAAGUGUUCGACAGAUGUAUAGCCUUGGAGCUCGAUACAUGACGCUCACUCAUAAUUGCGACAACGCCUUUGCAACCUCAGCAACUACUGUAGCCACCGGAGGGGUUGAUCAUGGGCUGACCAAACUUGGAAGGGAGGUAAUCGAAGAAAUGAAUCGCCUGGGCAUGAUGGUGGAUCUGUCCCAUGUUUCUCAUCAGACUAUGCGAGAUGUUUUGGGCAUAGCGAAAGCUCCUGUCAUAUUCUCACACUCAGGUGCGUAUCAAACAACACAGCAUCUUCGCAACGUUCCGGACGACGUACUGCGCCAACUCAAAUACAAUGGAGGUGUUGUUAUGGCGGUAUUCCUGAAUGGCUUUCUCAAUAAGGAGAACCCAUCAGCUGCUACAAUCCACGACGUCGUGGAUCAUAUCUUCCACAUUGCGGACGUUUGCGGGUGGGAUUGCGUUGGAAUUGGAGCAGACUUUUUCGGUCCAUCAUUCGCACCUACUGGUCUGGAAGACGUUUCAAAGUAUCCAAAUUUGAUAGAGUUGGUGAUGCAACGCGGUGCAACAGAUUCUCAAGCCCAAUCAUUGGCGGGAGAGAACAUCCUUAGGGUCUGGGAACAGGUGGAGAGAAAAGCCCAGCAGAUUCAAGCCACCGGCAGGAAACCUAUCGAGUCGGAAUAUAGUGAAAGGGAGUGGACUAAAGGGUUUGCAGAAGAUCCCUACAUGCUCAGGGGAAGCCGUGAGAGGCUUGCAGCAGAUGCGCCACCAAUGCCUGAUGUUUACAACACCGGAAAGAAGACUGAUACCUCAGGGCCGUAG